UCUGGCAAAAUUUUGGCAAAAUGAUGCUGCUAACGUCCCAAAAUCAUAUGCAACAGAUUCAGAUGAAAAUCACAUUAUGUUGAAUGACCAAAACUCAUCUGCAUCACAGAACACAACAUUGACUUCAUCCACUUUUGAUGCAACAGCUAAAGAUACUCUGGGAGCAACUACUGCUGACCCUGGAACAACUGAAGUUGUACAAUUAAAUAAUAAGAAUAUGUCUGCUGAAACUGAAAAUGAGAAUCAUUCUUCUAUUGCAAAUGAGAAGUCAGUAAAUUCUUCAAAAAGAAAUAUUGAUGUGGUAACUGUAGAACAAAAACCACCUGAUGCAUCUACACAGGAGAUUUUAAAUGCAUCCUGCUCAAAUAAAAAAGAAGAUAUAUUAAGACAGCUGAUAUCUGAAGAAGAACAGGCAUUUGAACAACAAUUAACAGAUGUGGAUUACCAGCUUCAAUAUGUUCCUCCUUUGGCUUUGAAAAGAAAGAAAAUUUUCAGCUCAUUCAAUAAAGCACAAACUAGCAGAAGAAACUUCAUUAAAGAAAAUAUUAGACAUCUGAGAGAGAUGCAGUUCCGUUUAAAUGAGAAACGAAGCCACACAACUCCUGCGACACUGUUACAGUCCAGAGAUCAGAAAGCAGCAUCAAAAAAGUUGCCACAGUUUCCUAUGUUGCAAACUUCUCAGAAACAUUUCAACAGAGACAAUAAAACUCCAAGGAGAAAGAUAAAAAAUAAAAUCACACGUCAGCAAAAGAUGUAUCUUCGUAAAGCAACAAGAUCACAUCUUCAAAAAUCCGGUGAACAUGGAAGCAUAGCUCGUGAUCAGACUUCAUCAACAACAUCUCUUACUUCUGUUCAUGACUCAGGAUGUAGUUCAGCUAGUGAUGAAACUUUAAGAAACUUCUAUGCUGAGACUAAUAAUGAUAGAGAAAUGUAUCAUAUGAGCUCAUCAGAUGACAAAGAGAAUAUUUUAUCUCCUGAUGGGAAUGAAUCCAUAAACUCAAUAAAAAAUUAUUCAGAUGCUAAAAUGAUGAAGCAAAAUAUUCUUGCUCCAGAUUCACAAGAUGCUUUGAAUGCAUACUCGCCUCAGCAACGGAAAGCUUUAGCAGAUUCCUUGAAUGUAAAAAUGACAGCUAAGGCAAUGGCUGCAAUGAAGAAAGUACUUGCACCAUCACCACCAAAUCCUCUAAAAGCGCCUCCUUCAUACCAAAAAGGGGUUCUGCCAAAGUACCUGCUGUCACGACAGGAGCAGCAGCAAAAGGAAGAAUGUGAUCGCCAGUUAAGAGACCCAGAUUGUCCACCAGGAUAUGUUCGUCUUCCAGAUAUGGAAAGGAGGGAAACCUUAAGUAUAUUAAGGAAAUACUAUGGAGAUUUAAUUCAAGCGAUGAAUACGCUACCAGUGCAAACAACGGCCAAGAAAAUACAACAAAAGAAAAUGGACAUCGAGAAACAACUAGAUAAAUUGCAAGCAGCAAUUAAAGUGUUUUCUAAACCAAAAGUGUUCAUGAAAGUUGGAUCAUAAGGCACUGAAGUACAAUCUGUAGUUGUUGUUCCUCUUCUGCUUCACAGGUGAAGUUACAGUGAAGUCAAUAGUCAAACUUGCUUUCAGUCCAGACACUAGUUGAUGCUACAGUUCAGUUAGUAUAUUAAUUGGAUUCAGAUUUUUAAGACAGUAUUUUUGACAGUUGUUAAUGGCACAGUAAGAGUUUCUCUGAACUUGAAAAAAGUGUUAUACACAAACUUCUGUUUCUAGUGAUGUAUUUUGCUAGCUUUUUGUAAAGAUUAA